AUGGCUGGUACCACGGAGGUUAUGGAUCUUAUUCAAGUAAAGCUACAACAAUUUCUUAGAUUCCCAGAGCUAAAAUCCGAAAUAUUAGAUGCCAUGCACAAUUUGGAUUGUAAAAAUCUCACGACAUUAAUAUAUGAACAUGUUGUUAUCAGUGAAAAUAGUAUCCGACAGAAAUUAGCAAUUCUAGAUGAAUUACUGCGAUCGUUAGAAAGCAGCUCAACUGAAUUACAGGAAGAUGAUAUCCCAAAUAGCGUGCUGCAGUUAUCUUGCAGUGUAUAUUUACAAGAACAGGGUAACUUAAAGCAAUGCAGGCGAUUAGAGAAGCUGCUUUAUAAAUUAUCAAGCAUUAAUCAGGCCAAAUUCAGUGCGAUAUUCUCGAAUGAAAUUAAUGAAUUACUACGUAAAGAUUUGGACCAUUUGCCUAAUCGUCUCAGGACCGUUGUUUACUUGGCUGAAGGUUCUAAACUAACCCGUGAAACGUUCGCAUUAUCCAUUGAUUCCUUGAUCACAUACGUAGCCUAUGCCUGCAACGAGAUCAUCCUAAAAGCUAAGGAAAUUCAGCCCGAGAACAUCACUAUGACUGCUAAGCUAACUUUACAAUUAUUCCAACAUUUUCCUGAAGUAUGUAUGAGGGCUGUGUGGGGGACUGAAAAUAAAGGCGACUUACAUUCAAAGUUUGAACUUAUGAUCAAAUCUGUAUUAAAAAUUAUUUUUCAAUGUGCAGAUGCUAUUGAUACAUUAUUGAUGGCAAGUACAGCAUUGGGGAUGUUGAUCAAUAUAUCACAAGAUCUAAAACUCGGAUGUAAUACAGUUACAAAUUUACUUAUUUUAUCAGGUGCAAUUGAUGAACCCAAAGAACGGCAGAACAUCACUGUCUAUGGUUUAAAAGUUGGAAACAUCUUUGUUGAUACCUCAUUUUUAAAGUGUAUCAGCGAAUCAGCUACAAAUUUUACGACUCUACUUUUAAUAAGAGGCUUACUGAAUUCUGGAAAUAUUAAGCUGCUUGCUGUGUCAACUACUAUGAUAAAGAAAACAAAACCGGAGGAUUCUCAGUUAGGUCGUGUUCUACUAUUAAUCUUAUUACGUUUGUGUAAAGAUCUAAGCAAUUCAAACUUUCACUAUCAGGCUGUCCAGACUUUUGCCCAGUGGUUACAAAAUACAAAAGAAAUGUUACUAGAAGUGAAGAUGGACGAUCAUUUACCUUUAUUUGUAUCUCAUAGUCCUGUAACUGAUGAAAUCUUGAAAUUUAUCUGGGAGUCUAUUAAUGAUCCUAUUGAUGGUGUGUCAUAUCACGUUAAGAACAUUUUCAGCUUACUAUUAUUGGUGCACUCUUUAGAAUGUAAAUUAAGACAAAUACCUGAAAACGACGAGUUUGUCCGAGAACUAAUUAAUAAGACGCUAAUGAUAUCAUGGCAGUCAAAAGGCAGAUAUGCUCUUUUGCACUGUAUCAUCAAACAAGCUGGGCCUAAAGUAGUAUUAAACAUUGAUAAAACUUUACCUUUCGCGCUGUCUCGGUGUUUAAGUAUCAAUUCCUUGGCUUCAAUUUCAUGCGAUAUUUACAAAACUUUCUUGAACGAUUUACAGGUAGGUUUACUGAUUAAUCCUAAACAAUAUGCAAGAUUAAAUGAAUAUUACAGAUACCAGCAUAGCCAAGCUUUAAAGAUAUUGGUUAUGCAUUUUAUUCGCAUUAAUCAGUUUAUAUCUCGUUUUGCGUAUGCUAAAUGCCAUAUUAAGAGUGAAGACAUCAUAAGCAGUUGGGCGACGGCGUGGAUAGAUCCAAUUAUAAAUGGAUUAUUUGACGAUGAAGAUGCGUUGCUUCGACACAACAUGCGAAUUUACUGGUUACCGGCAACUUUGUCUAUAAUCUCCAAUUCCUUGCAUCAAUUGUUAGACGCCAGUGAAUUAAGAUUUAAUAAUAUGAACUCGAAAUGCCCCUCCGCUAGAGCUACACUUCGACAUAUACAUGCAAAAGUAAUGAUCUACAAUGCCGCCAAAGCAUUGGAUAUUAUUCAUGUAACUGAAUUGCCUGAAGAAUUAUUGGAUUCCUCUUUGCAAUGCUGGGAUGAUGAUAUUCGUAUGGAUGCAAUAUCGCUGCUGUGUUUUAGCCAAAAGCGCGCUGAUGGUUUAACUGAUAUGGAAAUAAAAUUUCUACGCCAGUAUCUACCUCUUAAUUUCAAUAGUGAUAACGCUGCAUUUCGCCAACGACUGUUAGCUAGUUUGAAAGUCCUACUUGAGCGAAUUCGAGAUAGCAGGUUAUUGCGGAAACGGCAACUUGCAGGCUCUGAUGAAUUUAGAAUCUUAAAUCAGCGGAUAAUGACUAAUAUAGAAGUCCUAGACUGGCUAUUUAAUUGCAGCAUUGAAUGCUUGAAUCCUGAUUCGUCUUUUCAGCGAUCAAUUACAGGACUUAAAGUAUGCAGCCUAAUAUUUCAAAUUAUCGCAUCUACUUGGAAUCCGGAUAAAAGGAAAGGCCAGCCCCCAGCUGCUAUGGCGGAAUUAAUUAAUUGGGCGCAUCGACAGCAACGCCUGCAAUUUCUAUCUCCUAGGAACCUAGGAAUAUUAUUUCAUUGCUUCCAAAGUCAACAUGGCGAGAUGGAAUCGGCUUCGAAAGAAAUUCUUUAUAAAUACGUUGCCUGGCCUAUAGCAAUUAAAACAGCAACCGAUCACGAAAAGUUCUUAGCCGUUCUUGCAAUCAAUACCUAUUAUUUAAUUUGCAGUCCAAAAGCAUCAGAUUGCAAUCACGGAGCGUCAUUAAUGGCACUGAUUGUCAAUAGGUAUUUAACAAAUGGAUUCUCAAUGCAAUUAAAUGAAAAUUGCCAGGGCUUUGAGAUAUUGAAGAUUGAUGGACUUUCUACUGUUAACGAAGAUGCAUCUCUACAGGCCAUGACGGUCUUGCAUAAAUUAUUAGAUCAUCAGCUUACUUCGGCUAAACAGUUUCUGACAUUUGCUAUUAAGGAAACUCCUAUCUACGGUAUAAUAACGACUAUACGUCGGUGUUUACUGGAAUGUCCAAAUUUCAUUAAGAGUAACAAGAAAAGCGCCGUGGGCAAUGUGAAGCUAGCAUCUCCUUUGUCUUUCUCUAUUCAAGAAUGGCGCACUGCUUUAAAAAAAAUAAUUCGUCUGGCAGACGAACUGAUCAAUUAUAUCUUGUUCGAUAUCUUGUCAGAUAAUGACAUCUCUGAAUUAGAAACUUCGGCCUCCUUUGCUGAUAUGGGUAAAGCAAUUAACCGCAUUAUUCUAUCUGAUACCCAACAUAAACUUGAGGAUAACAGUUCGAGUACAGCCAUGUAUGACCUAGUAAUUUCUUUUUGCUGGUUAAAUCUGAAGGAGAUUGGUUUGCUAAUAGGGGCAAUUGUCGAUACUGUUCCACUAUGCACGAUAAAGUUUGAAAUGGAUAAGUCUGCUAAGGAUAGUCAGGGCUUUCUAGAGACUGAAGAUGUUGAAAAAAUUGGCGACAUGUUCAUCAAACUUUUAACAAAGUGUCGUCAUAAAGGUGUUAUUGAAGGCUGUAGCAUAGGCUUUGUUCAGGUCUGCACAAAGUUAUUAUGCAGUUCAUCGUCAACUUAUCAAGAUAUACCUAAAUUGUGGCUAACUCAGGCUUUGUCUGUCAUUACCACCGAUCAAAUGUCUUCAUCCUUUACCAAGAAGAGCGCUGGCUUGCCGUUAUUAAUUCAGUCUAUUGUAUCGAGUGAGCCGCAAAAUGCGAAGAAAACUCUGCUAAGAUUAAGCAUGAAAACAUUAGAAUUAGUCACUCGUCGGCCUAUUGGUGAAGAAUAUGACGAAACUACUGAUUUACCGCAGACUCAUGCAUUAAAUGUAAUGAAGGUCCUUUAUCGGGAUUCUAGUCUUGGUGGUGAUGUUUUGUGUUAUGCGGCCGAUGGAGUUAAAUGUGCUAUACAGGGACUGCGGAAUCCAAUUUGGACUAUUCGAAAUGCUUCCAUGCACUUAUACGGAGCAUUAGUUUCGCGUCUGUUUGGUCAGAAACGUGUUCGUGAUGAACAUUCUAAUUAUAACAAUACCCAAGCUGCAGAAUUUUUCUCUCGCUAUCCUUCCCUGAAGCCGUUUCUGCUAGAUGAAUUAAAACUAGCGUUCGAGGAUGGAGAAGUUCGUAGAACGGCCUGGAUUCAUGGUGGCGUUUAUCCGGCAUUAAUUAUUUUAUCCAAACUCCAGCAGGAUGAAGAGAUAGAUAGUACAAAGUAA